CGGAAGUAGCUGUGAGUCGCUAUACAUCAGCACUUCAUCAGCCAUGGCAACGUUUUUUGGCGAAGUUUUGUCUGUUUAUUCUCGGGCUGUGGAGGAUGAAGAGGAUGAAGAGGAGCUCGAUAACAACGAGGAAGACGCGCAGAUCCGCAGGGAACUGGAAGAGAAAAGGCAAGUUCAUCUGCAUUGGGACCCCGCGGUGUCUGAUUCCCUCAAGUCUGGAAAUAAGCUGCCGUGUUCCGACUUCAUCCUCGCCGUGGGACAUAAUGCUGCGAGGUUUCUGUCGGUGUACGUUCUCACCUCUGAAGGCUGGGACCCUGUGGGACGAGCAUCAGUGUGGAACGAGAGGAGCCGAGCUGGUGCUGGUCAGAGCAGCGAGGAGUCGGCGUGUUUGUUUUACAGACACAAGGACCAUCCAUCUGUGCUGCUCUGCCAGGUCACGUGCUAUGUCGCAGAAAACCAGCAGUUUCAGUGGACUGAAAAGGUCUUUAACUCCCUGCAGCCCAGGGAGCUCAGCGUCACAGUUCUGUCCGACAGUUCUGUGGCCGAUUACAAGACAGCCGACUACCUGUGCGGCAGCUCCGCCCCCUUCCUGCGCUCGCUUCACACCAGCUCUUUCGGUGCUCAGUCAGUCUGUCCGUCACUGGAGCAGCCCAACAUUGUUUCAGGACUCCCAGCUGCAGUUCUGAACCACUGCCAGGCCCACCGCAUCCCUGCCAUUGUCUAUCAGUGUUACAGUGAUGUCAUCGGCCCCGACUCUGUCACCAUGGAGACCUUCAAGCCCGCACUGACCAAACUUGGCAAGUCUAUAAAGAUGGAGCCGUGUCCCAGCACAGACGUCCUCCGCAAGUUUGCCAGAACGACAGCCAUUCAGAGUAACCUGUACAUUUGAAUAUAACUUCCUCAUGCCCACCUGUGGUUUUAUUUUCAUGUGAAAAUGGUCAUUUUUAAAUAAAGAAGAUUGGAUCAGUUUUGAGUCAUGUAUAGCCGGAACAUAAAUCCUCUAGUGAGCGAGCCUCCAGCGCCCUCAGA